AUUUCAGCAUUGAAAAUCUAAAUGAAGCACCUUAUCUCUAAAUCCAAGCCAGAGGUAGAAUUCAAGUAAUCCUAUGUCACUUUACUUCUUUGAAUCUCCAUCUAAUUUAUUUAUUUUCUUAUUUUUAUUUAUUUCUAUUUUAUUGCCUCUUCUUUUUAUGCUUGAAAACUUCUAUUUGAAUACUUAGGCAAGCAAAAGCUGGAUACUACAAAAUACAGCUUCAAACAAGUUGUAACAAACUGAGAGAUUCUUUAUUUGCUUAUAAGGUAUCACAUUUUCAUUUCCUUUUCAAAGAUAAAGUCACAUAUAUAGAAAAAAUAAGGAAUAAGUCCCACUUAUAUCCCAACUCAUAAGAAUAUCAAUUUCCACUAACUCUCUUUUCCCCUGUUUUUGCUCUGUUUUCACUCUGCUCGAAACCAAGCAGAGUGAUCAGAGCCUCUGUUCCAUUCUGCUCCGUUCCAUUUUAUUACAAAAACAACCAAUCCUAAUGGAUCCACAAAUUCUCUCCACCGCGGCAACCACCAUUCCACAUAAUAUCGUUCAACAAAAUUAUCCUGAAUCGGUAGAGUCUUUAUCAUCGCCAUCACCACCACAGCCACCACCACCACGAUCACGUGAAAUAACGAACGAUGAGUCUUUACCUAAUGUCCCCGGAUCCAAGCUGCGCCUCAUGUGCAGCUAUGGAGGACACAUUAUGCCACGCCCGCAUGAUAAAUCCUUGUGUUAUGUCGGUGGUGACACGCGAAUUGUGGUGGUUGAUCGGAGUGCUUCCCUGAGAGAUCUUUGUUCACGCCUUUCAAGAACAAUUCUUAAUGGAAGACCCUUUACUCUAAAAUACCAGCUUCCAAAUGAAGACCUUGAUAACCUCAUCACAGUAACAUCAGAUGAAGAUCUUGAUAAUAUGAUCGAAGAAUACGAUCGAAUAGCAUCUUCAUCAAUGAAACCUUCUUCCUCAAGACUCAGAGUGUUUCUUUUCUUUACAAAACCAGAUUCUACUCUUUCAAUGGGAUCUCUACUUGAUGAUGCAAAAUCUGAAACAUGGUUUGUUGAUGCACUCAACAACUCAGGAGUCCUCUCAAGGGGUGUUUCAGAUUCAGAACGAGAUUCUUUUGUGAAUCUUGAUAAUGUUCCUGCUAGUGAUUCAAGUAACAACUUGGAGUCUCAAGGUGUAGCAGCAGCAGAAUCAUUGAAUAUUCUUGAAGACAUCAACAACAACAACAACAACAAUGUUAAGAAUGUUUUUGAUGUUGUUAAUGUUGCACCUGGUUCACCUAUGCUUGAGAAUAGUACAUCUUCAUCUUCUUUGUCUCCUUCUAUAGCUAAUUUACCUCCGAUUCGUGUUCGUGUUGAUGAAACCGGUGGUAAUAAGCUUCAGCAAGAGAAUAGAGUUGGAAUGAAACAAGAUGGUGGUUUUGUUGUUUCUUAUGCUAAUGUGGCUAUGGCUGCAAUUCCUUCAGCUGGAGUUGUGACUACUACUGCUACUGUUUCUGAUGAUGAAAGAUCAGAUUAUGGAGGAGUAAUUGGAUCUCGAAAACCGCCUUUGCCAUUGCAGCUUGUUCAACCUAGGACUAGUGGUGGGUUGAGUGUUCCUUCACCGGAUUCAGUUACAAGUGAUAGUAGUAGUAUUGCAUCUACAAAUUCUUUCUCCAAAAUUGUUUAUCAUCAAGAACAAGUCCAACCUACAAGCAUAGACAACAACAAAGCUCAAGAAUCUAGUUACAUGUUACAACCACAAAUGGAUCAAAAUCAACAACUCCAACAACCACCACCACAACAACAACAAUUUGCUCAUUCCAACACCCACUAUAUCCACCAUCCUACAUCCACAAAUCAAGUUCCAAUCUCAUCAUACUACCAAGUUUACCCCCCACAAUCAUCACAACAACAACUUCACAAUCCAAUUGGUCAACAACAAUAUCCAAUUUAUGUAAUGCCAAUUGGAUCAACACAACCAUAUAACAUGACAUUACAACAUAGUAUAAGUGACCCUAAUGUUGUAGCUUCUAGUAGGUCAAUAAUACCUCAAAGUGGUACUCCACCAAUUUACCCUAAUAAAUCACCUAACCCUAAUGUGCCAUCAAAUUCAACAUUUGUUCAAGUACCUUCAAAUCAAUUUCAACAACAAUAUGUUGGUUUGCCUCAAUUUCAUCAUCAACCACAACAUCCUAUUAAUGUAGCAGCUCCUUCUAGUGGUACUAAUUAUGGUUAUGAAUAUGGUGGCAAUGUGGAAGGUCAAGUGUACUAUACUCAACAACAAACUAAUGCUCCAUUGGUUACUCAGUAUCAAUCCAUGACACCAGCAGCUGCUGCAGCAGCAUUAUCAGAUGCAUCCAAUCAAUUUCCGGCAGAUAAUGUUCAGCAGCAAAAUAGAACUUCGCAGCCGGUAUAAAUCGGAUCUGGAUUCUCUGUAGUCGGAAUUUCAUAUUAGGACAACAAUCGGUCUGUGUAAGUUGUUGAAAUCGUGAUUUUAAUGAAUUUAGAAUUUGAA